GAGGAGUUCACGGAGGCCAAGGCAGCUGGACCCCAAGUCUCUUCUGGCUGCUGUAAAGAAGGAUCUGCAGCUUCCUGGAGGGAGCAGCAAUCCCGGAGGGCUUGCUGGAGGAGGCGAUCCAGUGGCCACAGAGGUGAAAGACAGCUUCUGUCACGUGUGUGAUUUCCCCCAGCCACCCCGAAGUGAGCCACAUGGAGUCCAGUCUGGAGGCUGUGGAUGUCGUGGCACAGGAGUUCCAGUCCUUUUUGACUCUAGAUGCCCGGCCAGACAUCCAGGCAGCGGCAGCUCGACAUGUCCUGGGACUGACAGGGUCUGAAGCUGGACGGUCACUACUGGCAGCACAGGCUGGACUGCUACAGGGGUUGGAAAAACUCUUAGAGGCCCCGCCUGGGGCUGCGGCAGGAGCAGUGGGAGAUGCCUGGCGGGCCAUGGUGAACCUGUGUGCAGAACCCAAUGUUCAUGACUCUCUGCUGGCCGCUCUGCCUCGGCUCCCUGUCCACCUGCUAAACCGGGCCCUGGCCCCACACUGGCCCUGGGCUGGGGAGGCAGCAGCUGCACUGGCCAACCUGAGCCGGGAGUCAGGGACCAUCCGGGAGCUGUUGGAGAAUGACUUGGAGUCCACCAACAAUGAGGAAAAUCAGGAGCCCAGCUUGACCCGGCUUGUGUCCGCCUUGACCACCCCUGGUUAUAACCCCCAUGCCCCACUCCACUACCUGGCCCCAUUGCUCUCCAAUCUCAGCCAACUACCCAGAGUCCGAGCCUUCCUGCUGGACCCAAAUAGGUCUCUGAUCCAGCAUCUCCUGCCCCUCAUCCAGUGCCCAGACUCUGCUGUUCGAAGGAUGGGGGUGGUGGGGACCCUGAGGAACUGCUGCUUUGAGCACCGUUCCCAUGAGUGGCUCUUGGGCCCCCAAGUUGAGCUACUUUCCUUCCUGUUGAUGCCAUUGGCUGGCCCAGAGGAGUUUUCUGAAGAUGAAAUGGAUCGGUUACCAAUAGACCUGCAGUACCUGCCUCCAGACAAGGAACGUGAGUCAGAUGCUGACAUCCGAAAGAUGCUUAUUGAGACUAUUAUGCUGCUUACAGCUACAGCUCCUGGACGAAAGCUGGUGAGAGAUCAAGGGACCUACCUAGUGCUUCGGGAGCUGCACAGCUGGGAACGUGACCCUGAUGUCCGGAUGGCUUGUGAGAAGCUCAUUCAGGUGCUGAUUGGGGAUGAGCCAGAGGCAGGCAUGGAAAACCUGCUAGAAGUGAGUGUCCCUCCAGAUGUAGAGCAGAGGUUGCAGCAAUUGGACCAGCAAGAGCAGCAGCAGCUCCAGCAGGAGCGAGAAGAGACAACCCAGACUACUAGCAGGGAAAGGAAGCUGGAUGGCCUAGGACCUAGCUGAUAUCUUCUUCCCAGACUGGGACUCCUGACCCUUCCUAUUCCCCCCACGGCUGCCGACUGCAGGGAUCUUGUGACUGGUAGACACACUUGAGGUACUCGAUAAACCAGCCUUCUUUUACUUUGGUCUUUCUUCCUUCAGCUGGGCAAGACCUGGACUGAAAGCCCCAGCUUCCCUACUACCACCACCUUCAACUUGAAGAUGAGAAUCUGGUAAAGUAACUCUUGCCCCAAACUAGGGAUUCAGAAUGGACUGUGACCACUCCUGGGGUGCUUGUAGUUUGAGAUGUCUUUGGUGGAUGGUUAAACAUUUAGUCUCCCUGAAUAAAACUGUCCUAACGAGUCUUCAGGCACAAGACCAUUUGCUAGAUUUGACUCAAGAGACAUCCCAUCAUGCUUUUGAGAACUUUAAGUUGGUUAGUUUUUCCUUACCAGAAGCUAGAGCCUGCCUCUCUCUACCUUCUCACUAUGCCUAAUUCUGUUCCCUCAAUUUGGGGCAAGCCUUUUCUCUGCAACACCCCUUUGAAUAUUGAAAGACAACUAUCAUUAUCUUCCCCCUCCCAACCUGGUUUCUUCUACUGUCCUGGUGGACCUCCACUUCACAAAUCUCAACUCAUUAGAGUCCUUUGUAAAAUGUCAUGAUGCUCAAAUCUGAAUUUCCAAGGUGGUCAAGGAUAGGAGAGGACAACAGGACGAUCACCUCCCUAGUGUUGGACACUGUGCCUUUAUCAUUACAGCAUUCCAUGUCAUACUGUCGAUUUAUAUCUCCAAAUUUUUAGUACACACUCAGUUGGCUUAGAUCCAUUCCUCUUCCACCUCCCUCCUCCCUCUUCUGUGUGGUUGAUUUUUGAGCCCAAGUCUAGGAGUUUACAUUUAUUCCUAUUAAAUGUCAUGUUGAUUCAGUUCA